AUGAUUCCUGAUACUAUUAUCUAUAUUCCCAACUUUAUAAGCCAAGAAGAAGAACAGAAGUUAAUUGACCAUGUUUAUUCUGCACCAAAACCAAAAUGGACACAUUUAUCUAACAGAAGAUUACAAAAUUGGGGUGGUUUACCCCAUCCUAAAGGUAUGGUAGCAGAAGAUAUUCCACAGUGGUUAGAUUUAUAUUGUGAUAAAAUAGGAAAGUUAGAUUUAUUUGAAGGAAAGAAACCUAAUCAUGUUUUAGUUAAUGAAUAUUCACCAGGACAAGGAAUUAUGCCACAUGAAGAUGGACCUUUAUUUUAUCCCACUGUAACAACAAUAAGUUUAGGAUCAUCAACUGUGCUAGAUUUUUAUACACAUAUUAAUCAAGGAAAAGCAGAAGAUAAAAGUGAGCCAUGUUCUGAAAAUAUGAGCAAGAAAUUUGAAGAUAGGCAUGUUUGUUCAGUUUAUUUAGAACCUAGAAGUUUAGUGAUAGUUAAAGAUGAUAUGUAUACUAAAUAUCUACAUGGUAUAAAGGAACAAACUGAGGACAUGGUUGAUGAUAGGAUAUGUAAUAUUAAACAGUGUAGUGAUAUCAAUAUAGACAAUAUUAAAACUAGACAAACUAGAAUAUCAUUAACUAUUAGGUUAGUUCCAAAAGUUUUAAAAACUAAGUUAUUUUUUGGAAAAAAAUGA